AUGCGCACCCUCUACCUCGUUCUCCUCUCCCUCCUCACCCUCGCCUCCCCCAUAGCCGCUCAAUUCGGCUCCUUCUUCGACCAAAUGUUCGGCGGCCACGGUCAUCAACAAACACAGCAGCAGCAGCAGCACCAAGGCCACGGCCACCAACAGCAACCCAACGUGCCCAGCGACCCGUCCAUCUACCAGGCGAAUUACCAGCGGGCGCAUUGCGACAAGUAUUUGUGUCCUGAUACUUUGGCAUGCGUUCACUACCCACAUCACUGCCCUUGCCCGUGGCCGUUGCACGAAGACAAGGCCGAGUUAGCCGAAGGUCAACGGAUCUGUGUCUCCAAGGGAGGCUUCAAGGCCGGAGAGGCGGCGAGGAAGAUAGAAUUGGCUAGGAAGGGGAUGCUCUGA